CUAUAUAUCUUUUUCCCGAUUUUGGGGUGAAAUGUGACUUAAUGUGAUAAGUUUUCUAUAAAGCAUAUGCAAAGGCGAAAUCAUACUUUCCUCUCUACUUCUGUUUGCUAUUAUCUUAAACAAACCGCCACGCACAACCUGCAUCUUCACACAUAAACACGCUAAUGUGUUCACAACAGGCAGCUGACUUCUCCCAUCACCCAGGGUUGCUGUUAACAGCACUAGUUCACACGUUCAAUGUGUGAAGCUGUUGGUAUCACGCAGAGUGCAUUAGGUCGGACACAACACACAUCCUGCCAGCUGUGUCAGACGCUUCCUGUUUGUCUCUCUCAGUAGAUGAAGAGCCUCCUGUGAGCGGCCGAUCUGUUCAUCACACUACAACCCUACAGAAGUGCUAAGAAAAACUAGUAAAAUUAUUUAAAUUAUAUAUUUAUAAUAUUGUUUUAAAACCAUAAUUAAAGUAUAAAUUUAAGUGAGCAAUAAACUUUUAAUAUGUUUCUCAAAAGUUUAUUUUUAGAAAUAAGAUACUUCAGUUUGUACCUCUAGUGAGCAGAGUGUCUAUGAGUUGCUAUAGCAACAGGCUACUAGGGCUUUUGUUUACCUUAGCAACCACAGAGUCACUGGAGAGUGAGGGUUAUUAGCUUGCUAGCAGCAGCUCUCUAACAAACAAAAUAAAUACCAAUCACUCGAGUAUUAAUUUCAAUUCUUUUGUAAAUAUACAUUUGUCAGUGAACAGAGAUGGACUCCGAUUCUUUGCAUUACUCCUUGGAUUUAGUUGCUGGUAAUGGUUUGACUCUGAGCAGUGAGCAGAGAGCCGCUCUUCAAACCUCUCUGGUCAUACUGAAGAGAAACUACAAAUUCAGCCGGGUUUUAUUUUGGGGAAAGAUUUUGGGGAUAAAAUGUGACUAUUUUAUUGCUCAAGGAGUUGAAGAGGAUGAAAUGAGUAACAAAAAGUCUUUGUACAGUUUAAACUGCAUAGAUUGGCACCUGUUGCCCCAAGCCACCAAGUCCAUGAUUGCAGACGUGGCAUUAGCAGCACAGGGGCGAUUCAUAGGCGACCCGUCCCAUGAGUACGAGCACACAGAGAUGCGCACUGAUGGAGAUGGGGACGAAGCCACGGAGGUUGAGGUCACGGUGAAAGUGAAUGAGGCGAGUCGAUUGGCCACGACCGUGUCAAACAUCGAUAAAGAUGUGUCUGUAGUGCCACGUGGAGCGUUUACCAAGAAUCCCAGUGACAAAGUGCAGAUAAACCGAAGCUUUGGAGGUCUACAUCCUACUGAGGCUGCGAAACUUCGCAACUACCUGCACUUUCGUGAGCCGGUUAACCUGAAAAAGAAGUCCAUCUUAGAAAUGUCUGAACUGAACCCUGCUCUCGACUUCCUAGAUCCUUUGAGUGAGGACAUUCCCAAAGGGUCAUGGAGCCUGCAGCUUGAGCGAGGCGGCACUGUGUGUGUAUUACGCAGUUUGCUCUGGAUGGGUCUCACCUUCUUCCAUGUUCCCCAGACCCCUCAGCAUGGGUACAUCUACAUGGGAGAUGGACUUAUGAACCUGGACCUGCCCUUCAUGUUAUAGCAGCCAACUGACUUCUGAAGCACAAUCUACUUGUAUUUGGUGCCACAUUUUAAAGACAGCAAAAGCUUCAAUCUCUCUUUAAGUGUUAAUGUGUAAUCAAGCUUACUUC